UCAGGCCCAGCAACCAGGUUAGACCCAUAAGGCAAAAAAAAUUGCAAGUUCGAACUUCGUUUUGAAAAAGUUGAAAUUUUCACCAAAUGGCGCCGGUAAUCGAAGGUUACUGGGGUAAACAAACAUCUACCCUUGACUGGUGUGAAGAAAAUUAUGUGGUCAACUAUUAUGUGGCGGAAUUCUGGAAUACACUCUCAAACUGUGUUAUGAUAUUUGCUCCAUUGUUGAUGGUGUUAGUUGGAUACAAGGAAAAACAUGAAAAGCGUUUUAUUUACAGCUUUUUGGCUUUAACUGUGGUGGGCAUCGGCUCUUGGUUGUUUCACAUGACAUUAAAGUACAGCAUGCAGCUGAUGGAUGAAGUACCUAUGAUAUGGGGGAGCAGUUUUCUUAUUUACUCAUCGUAUAUGAUGGAUAGCAAGCCCAAUAAAGAAAACUUCAUGUUGAGCUGUGUUCUGGUUUUGUAUUGUGUAAUUGUUACCUUAGUCUACAUCUUGAUAAAUGCACCAAUAUUCCACCAAGUGUCCUAUGGUAUCAUGGUGUUUUGUAUUGUUAUACUGUCCACAAAAACUGCCUUUACCAUGAAAUGUAAGAGGAAAAUGCAUUUGCUUGGAAUAGGUUUUUAUGCUCUCGGCUUUUUUCUAUGGAAUGUAGACAAUAUUUACUGCUCCCACUUAAGGUCUAUACGAGAACACCCAGUAGGAAAAGUGUCAGGCAUGCUGUUUGAAUGUCACGCAUGGUGGCAUGUGUUUGCAGGUCUGGGCACUUACACUGGCCUGCUGUUUGGUGUUCACACACGAUUACUUUUUCUAAAACAGAAUCCAAAGAUUAAGUAUAUUCUAUGCUUUUGGCCAUAUGUUUCUGCGGACACCAAAUCUAAGUAGAAAAACAUCUUCAACAUAACAACGUAUUUCAGAAAUAAAUUGCUACUUAAGGUCAACCGUGGUGCCUUUUGAAAUAUGAAUUCAUUAACUGUGCAUCGUAAAGAAGGCCAUUAAUUUAUUCUCUUGUAUUCUGGUGUGCUUCUCUAUCUUAAUUUUAAAAGAUUAUUUUAUUAUUUUCUAAUAUCCCAGUCUGUUUGGGUAUGUAAUGUUAAAAUAGUAUUUUUUUUUAUAACAAAAACUAUAAAAACGUUUUCUGGCUUUAAGCUUCUUUUUUUAUACAUAUUGUUAAUUGUUUACUCUGCAAUUUAUUUUUGCUAUAAUACUUCUGUGAUUGCUCAAGAUUAAUUCUAAAAAAAUAAAAUGCAACUGUUGUAAGAUAAGCUAAACACAUUGCCACACCUCCAGAUAUUUUUAAGCUUGAUAUUUAAAGUUUUGGCUAUAAUCAGUAGAACAUUUUUUGCUUAUUCUAAUGUUGUACUAGAACUGAGUCAAGUAGUUAGUCAUAUGUUAUUUCUAAUAGUUUUGUGCCUUAUUCUGUGGCCGAUAAGAUAGUUUAUUUAAAAAAAAAAAAAAAUUUCCCAGCGUACUCAAAUUACUUUUACUUGUCUAAAAUGAAUGUCAAUGUAACCUCCCAGGAUUAUCCCCCUUCUGUUUAGCCUUAGUUACAUAAGCUAGUUGCAAACUAAACUACAUACAUUCCUAGUUUUGCAACCUAAAAAAUAAUUUUUUGAAGACAGUUUGUUUUGUUGCCAGUGUACUUAAAAAUGUCUUCUAAGCAUAAUAUUUACAUUUUAAAAACAUGUAGUUAUAAUUUUAAAAUGCCCUACCAUUUACUUGUCAUUGAUAAUUCCUUUAGUGAAAUUAAUUCCAUGUUACUAAUUAACUUUAAGAAACAAUCGGUGUUACUUUCUUAUUUUUUUAAUUGAGUUUUUUAAUACUUUUCAAUCCAGUUUCAUUUAGGUUAUUUUUCCAAACAUUUAAUGUCUGAUUGUUACAUUUAGUAAAUUAGUUAGACAUGUAAAAAGAAUCAAAAUGGAGGAUUUCAUUGUUAAAACAUAUAAUGGAAUGUUGUUCAAAGUGAGCUCAAUUUAUUACAAAAACUGCCAUUCAUAAUGUGAUUUAUAUAUUUUUUUAAAUAUUAUUUUUUAAUUAAAAAAAAUACCAGUGUCUUAAUUGUGAAACAUCAGUAACAAAUUUCAUUGUUUUUUUGUGUUGUAAUUAUUGAUUUUUAACCCAAAAUAAAUGUCCAAUUAGGUGUUACAAUAUUGAACACACAAUCAGUAUCAGAUAUUAGUUUAUCACAUUUCUCAUAACAAUAAAAACUUAACUUCUGAUUUCUGGUUGUGAAUAAAUCUACUAGUAGCCAUAAUAACUUUAUGACAUUCAAAUUUAUUAUUUUUGCCUCAUCUGUUAUGGUAACUCAGGGACCUAAACAAUGUUUACUUGUAUCAAACAGAAUUUUUUUACACUGCACAGCUGCUUGUCAAAAAAUUUAAUUACUUUCAUUCCUUCUGUCAAUGUUUACUCUUGUUGGACACAUCCUUCCAAAUCCAAUUAUAUCUU